UGUCAAGUGAGCCGUUUUAAGUAUCUUUUGCUCAUUGCACUCUGUGCUGCUUUCUCAAGUAUGAACACUGCCAUUUCAACUGCCAUUCCAACCACCGUUUCAGAUUUUUGUGGGUUUUUUUUUAAACUAGGAAUGUUUUGAUGUGGGUUUUUCUGUAAAAGGGUGGUUGGCUUUUGCCUUUUCUGAUCAAUGGCUAGUAGAAAUGGACCACUAUAAUUUAGUUCCAGAGCUUUCUGCUUGAUUGAUUGCUCUUCUUCAUCUGAAAGACGUGCAUGAAGAAAUCUCCUGUGCAUCCAAAAUACGAGAUGGAUCAUGAUCAUAGCAAUGGAUUUGAUCCUCAUACCGACUUUUAUCAGUUUUUGGAAGAAGCCAAACACUAUUCAGUAGAGGGAGACGUCCAGGCAUCAUCAGAAGAAGGUAGAGAGAGAAGAUUGGGACAAGAAAAGAAGAAGAAAUCAUGGAAAAAGUUACUAUUUCCAUGGUUGAAAGGAGAGAAACUGAACAAAACUACUACAAAACCAGCAACCACAUCUCAUGUUUCUAAUACGAAGAGGACUAAUGUUUCCGGUCCGGUGUAUGGCACCGGCAAGGCUACCGAUGGCAAGCACCGGCGUCAAAUGUCAGGGCCUAUUGCCAGCCUUUUCAACCCCACAAAGAGAGCAGACAAUGCAAUGCCUUAUAUGUGCAUCAACAAGAAUGGAAGCCCUCAAGUUGGAAAAACUUAUGGGCCAGUCUAUUUGGUGACAUAAAUUUUCAUGAAGUAGUUGGGGAAUAGAGAAUUGAAAUUAUUAACCUUUCUGCUCCAUGAAGGAUUUGAACUGAUUGAUGGAACUGUGGUGGCAAGAAGAUCCUAGCCUAACCUGAAAAUUUUGAUGAAGUACAAUGAACUUAUUGAUUGUGCAUUGGCUGUGAUGGGAAUGCAGUUGGAUCAUCGAAUGGAAGAAAGCCGGGAAUUCAAGCCGUCUUGGUUGAUUCGAAUCAUCCGAGGAUGGAAAAGGAUGCUGUGAAAUUGUUCUUUAGGUGUACUGUUAUUGUGUUUCAUUUCUCAGUAUGCUGUAAAAUUGAACUUAAAUUGCUUGACAACCAAGUCAAUAUAGCCUUCUCUUAGGGUUUGUAAGUAAUAAAAGGAAUUGCAAUUAAGAAGUGA